AUGGGCUGGAUCUUACUAGGAGAGAACCUGGAACUGUCCGGAGGAGGCAGCAGAGGCCUGGCCACUGCUGCUGACCGGCAGGACCUGAGACAGCAGGCCAUCGCGUGCUUGAUGGACAUGAACGCGCUGCUGGACCGAUUCCACAACUACAUCCUCCCGCACCUGCGGGGCGAGGACCGCGUCUGCCACUGCAACUGUGGCCGGCACCACAUCCACUACGUGAUCCCAUACGACGGGGACCAGUCGGUGGUGGACGCCUCCGAGAACUACUUUGUGACGGACAAUGUGACCAAGCAGGAGAUCGACCUCAUGCUGGGGCUGCUGCUGGGCUUCUGCAUCAGCUGGUUCCUGGUGUGGGUGGACGGUGUCCUGCACUGCGCCGUGCGCGCCUGGAGGGCCGGCCGGCGCCACGAUGGCUCCUGGACCUGGCUGCCCAAGCUGUGCAGCCUGAGGGAGCUGGGCCGGCGGCCACACAGGCCCUUCGAGGAGGCCGCAGGGAACAUGGUGCACGUGAAGCAGAAACUCUACCACAAUGGCCACCCCAGCCCACGGCACCUGUGAGCCGUGCACAGGACUCCCCGGGGCCGCCAUGCUGCCGGCUGCUGUACAGGUGUAAAAGGGACCUCGCAGAUGCCCAGGCCGGUGGAACUGGACGGUGGCCUUGGGCCCAGGGUGUCUGGGGCUGCAGCCGGCCAGGCGAGUCCAGUGGAAGGUGCUGUCUCUUCUUUUUAUAAAGGGGGUCGGGGUGGGGCUGGGGUGGGGGAGCCCACUGGGCCUCAGGAGCAGGACCCUGGCCUCCUGGACCGUGCAGGACACAAGGGCAGAUUCUGUCCCAGAGGUGCUGGGGGCUGGCAGGUGCAGGCCCAGGCAGUGCCAUGCCUGGGCUGGGACCACAUAAUUGAAAGCUGCUGUGUCUGUUUCCUGUGCACUCUGUCCAUCUUUCCAUCCGUCCAUCUCAGAGCCAGCUCUGGCGGGGGGCAGGGAGGCGCACACGGGAGCACAUGCAUGGGCUGGGUGCAGGUCCUCAGUAGCUGGAGGCCUGAGCCACUGUGGCCUCACUGUGAAGUCCGCCCCUGCCGUGGCCAGUAAAUGCUCAGAAAGCUGC